AUGCCGACCCCUCUCGACCGAGCUCUCAACUCCAAAGUAAGUAGUCGCCACCAUCUUCAAUAAGUUGGCACUGGACACAUAUCUGACAUAUCCCACAGAACCUUUUCCUAGGAUUCACGGCUCUUGUAACAGCCGCAACAGCCUGGUCAAUUUGGGGCGGAGACAUGUUCCCUAAACCAGAGGACCCUAAAGGCGAGCCCGAGAACUGGACCGAAGAAGAGAUGAAAAGAUGGCUGAACGCCGUACGCAUAAGCCCACCUAUAUCUACAUCCUCAUAUGAUGAACAUGCUAACAUGUGAGAAUGCAGAGAAAUCUCAUGGCAGGCGCCACAGCCACCCGUGAAGAACUGCUUGCGCGGGUGAAAGCGAAUUUGAGGGCGCCAAGAGUCUGA